AGAUACCUAGGGGGGGAAUAACAAUAUUUAAGUUUGUUUAAUAUCCAAUGCAUUUACCCUUCACGAGCUUAAUGUUUGCUCCCAGAUAUCAGGACGAGCGUAUAGAAAGAGUCCAACUCUCAUCUCUCUCUCUCUCUCUCUCUCUCUCUCUACUUUCUCCCUCCUAGGGCUAGCAUCUCUCUCUCCGGCGUCGAAAGCUUCAAAUUUUCAGUUUAUAUUUAUGUGGAGCCUCUGGAGGAGGGAUGGAGGGAGCUUCUUCAUCUCUAUUUCUAUGUAGUUUGCGCGAAGUGAAGGAGAAAACUUCUUCACCUCAGCUAGAGUUUGAGCUAGCCCCAUAGGGAUGGAGGGAGCUUCUUCAUCUCUAUUUCUUUGGAGUUUGGGCGAAGUGAAGGAGAAAACUUCUUCACCUCAGCUAGAGUUUGAGCUAGCCCCAUGGUUUUUAUGCCAAUGUACCUGGUUGCAGAAUUGAGUCCACUGCAGGAUGCUCUUAGAGUUGUGCUUCACUUGUUGUGAUUUUGACGGAAAUGGUUAUAGACAAUGGGCUGGAUGGAUCUGGUUUGCAUUGUGCUAAAGGAAACUUAUCACAUUUAGUCUCACAGAGCUGAACAUCUUAUUGUUUCUCACUAAUGGUCUUUUGCUCAUGGCACCUGCAAUGUUCUCUCAUCUGCAAAAUGUGUGGCCAUUCUCAAUGCUAAAGAAAGAUGAUUUGAAACUCUCAAACCAGUUGGUUCAUAAGCUUUCACUUCCUGAACACACCAAGAAUUUCAUAUUUGCUAUUCAGGACCCAGAUUCUCAUUCUAUAGUUUAUAUCCUGGCUGCACAAAACCUCUCAAAACAAUCCGCUCUUGACACAGAACAGCUGAUCAAAGAAGUUCAACCCGAGGCUGUAGUAUGCUUGGUUGCUUCAUCAAUACUGACAGAAAUCCAGGAAGAAGAUGAGAGUUUGCCAGAUGAUCAAGUGAUCAAUGUGCCCACUUCUUCUUUUGGAGUUCUUAAAAAAUGUCUAGUUGAUAAGAUCAACAAAGAGCAGUACGAGGCGUCUGCUAAAUCUCAGGUCUUGAGAGAGAUCUUUGGGGUAGGACUGUAUGGUCAUAUCUUUGCUGCCAAGAAAGCUACAGAUGAGAUCGGUUCACAAUUCAUAUUACUUGAAUCCCCAUACGAGAGGUCUGCUGCACGAUCACCAAGCAAUGUUAAAACUGGAUACUACAUAUCAGAGUUAAAAAUUCCAUAUAUCAAGUCUUUGCUUAAGAAAGAAAUGCAGCCCAACUAUGUGUCCAAAGAAAAGCAAGACGAAAGCCAGCCAAAAUGUGAUUACAAGGCUCCACCUUUUGCGCUAUCUAUCUAUGCUUUACUGGCUGAUCUCCAUGAAAUAUUCAAUAUUAUCCCUUCGAUAAAAAAUGCUCUGACUUCUGCCCAGGAAAUGCUUUCCUGUAUUAACAAAGGAGAGCCAAUUGCUACCCAAAUUUUGUUGGAGGUCCACAACUUCAGAAUUGCAAUUGAGGCCUUGAGAGUAGCUCUAAAUGAAGCAUCACGUUGUCCCCUUGCAAAUAACCAAAAAACAUCAAAGCUGGAUUUCUCUCAGAUUUCUUCUGAAGAGAUGAGCAAUGCUAUUUGUGCACAAGCCCUUAAAAGUCAAGCCAGAAAGUUUGGAUCUUUAGUGGCUAUAGUUGAUGUGGGGAAGUUAGCUGGGCUAAGGAGGCAUUGGACUACAACUGUACCUCCUGAAGUUGCAUGUUUAACUGAUCAGUGUUUCACUCAUUAUCUUUCUGGUGAUGAAGGAACAGAAGCUGAGCCAUUAGCAGAGAAUCCUAUUUCCUUCGGUGCAAGGGCAACUUCUUUAUUGAAAGUUGUUCCUUUCUAUGCACUUGUCAAGCUUGCUACAUUCAAACUUCCUGUUUCGGUGAAGUUUGGUAUAGAACACCUUCAAAGAACUGCAGGAAUUGCUAAUGUUGGUGCUAAGACUUGCCCUGUAAAUUUUUCGGGUUUAUUUGCCUUAGCUGAAAGGACUGGUUUGUUAGGAGUUCAGACCUCAUUCUAUGAAAUAAUGAGACGGAGGGCAGUGAAAUUUGGGCCACUGGCUAUGUUUUCUUGUAGCAUGGCAACUUGUGCUGGGUUUAUGGUGUAUAAAGAUGGGAUAUAUUGUGCUGCUAAAUCGAUUCAUUCGGUUCCCAUGAUUGUGAGUAUGGGCCGUGGGCUCGAACGCUUGCAACAGGCAUCUGAAGAAGUGAGGCAGAGUGGGAUGAAAGCUCAGGAGAAGUUACAGUCUGUGAUGUACACUCUGAGGAAGAUUAAUAUCCAGUAACCAAAAUCUGCCUCCAAGUAUAUUUGACCCUGAGCUCAAAAUAUUUUGUUUUCCUGCUUGAGUUCACUUCUUUCAAUGCUGUAGUAUUGAUGGUAUUUUAGUGUUGUCCUCUCUACGCACUGUUAUGUACAUAUGGUUAGUGCUUAUAACUUGGAGGGUUAAUUGACAAUACUUUACGAUUACUAACUGCGAUUACUUCUUCGCAUGCUGCAAGGAUGGCAGUGUUUGUAGUUUCUGUUUUCUGUUUGUAGUUUCUGUUUUCUUCUUUCUUAUCA